AUGUCAACCUCCGUCCUCCUCCGUUCCCCGGCAAGGGUAAGCUUCCUCAGAGCUGCCCCGAGCCCACAAUCAAUCUUCGCUGCAUACAGAAUACCUAAUACUUCAAGAUGUGUCCCAGCACUCUCUGCCCUUGCCCGCUUCUACGCCGACAAAUCCUUCCCACCUCAUACCGUCGUCACUAUGCCUGCUUUGUCACCUACCAUGACGGCGGGGAAUAUAGGCGCUUGGCAAAAGAAACCGGGGGAGUCGUUAGCCCCGGGAGAUGUCUUGGUAGAGAUCGAGACAGACAAAGCACAAAUGGACUUUGAGUUUCAAGAAGAGGGCGUCCUGGCAAAAAUAUUGAAGGAGUCGGGGGAAAAAGAUAUCGCCGUGGGAAAUCCAAUUGCAGUCAUGAUUGAAGAGGGUGAGGAUGUCGCUCCGUUCGAGUCAUUCACGUUAGAGGAUGCCGGGGGUGAAAAGGCUCCUCCCAAAGAUGCUCCCAAGGAAGAAGCCGCCGAGUCGUCGGAACCUCAAGAUACAGGCUCAAGUACAGCGCCCCCCAGCUCCGAGAAGCCAUCAGCACCAGAAGCACAAGAAUCAGAUUCAACGGAUGGACGUUUGCAAACCAGCCUCGACAGAGAGCCACAGAUCGCACCAGCAGCCAAAGCACUAGCCCUCGAAAAAGGUGUGCCAAUCAAGCAAGUCAAGGGCACUGGCCCCGGCGGCCGAAUCACCAAAACCGACAUCGAGAAAUUCCAACCAGCAGCUAGUCCCUCGGCAGCCCCUGCUGCGGCGGCUGCCGGUCCUUCAUACGAAGAUAUCCCCGCCUCGUCAAUGCGAAAAACGAUCGCAAACCGCCUCACCGAGUCCAUGAACCAAAACCCCCACUAUUUCGUCGCCUCCCCGUUAUCGGUCACCAAACUCCUCAAGCUCCGGCAAGCGCUGAACGCCUCCGCAGACGGCAAGUACAAGCUGAGUGUGAACGACUUCCUCAUCAAAGCGAGCGCCAUCGCCUGCAAAAAAGUACCCGCCGUCAACUCAUCAUGGCGAGAAGUUGGAGGACAGAUAGUGAUCCGACAACACAACACCGUUGACGUCUCCGUCGCAGUUGCUACACCAAUAGGUCUCAUGACGCCCAUUGUCAAGAACGUCGACUCCAUCGGCCUCGAGGCUAUUUCCUCAGCGGUCAAGGACCUCGGCAAACGCGCAAGAGACGGCAAGCUGAAACCGGAAGAAUACCAAGGCGGCACUUUCACGAUAAGUAACAUGGGCAUGAACGCCGCAGUCGAGAGAUUCACCGCCGUCAUCAACCCGCCUCAAGCUGGUAUCCUGGCCGUGGGUACGACAAGAAAAGUCGCCAUCCCCUCCGCAUCGGAAGAAGGUGACAAGGUGGAGUUUGACGACCAGAUCGUCGUGACCGCGAGUUUCGAUCACAAAGUCGUUGAUGGAGCCGUGGGAGGGAGUGGAUACGGGAGUUCAAAAAAGUGGUGGAGAAUCCGUUGGAGAUGA